CUGGAGGAGUUAGUAGAGGGCACACUGACAAAAAUCAAGAUUUAGUUUUGCUUCUGACAGUUUAUUUUCUUUUUUAAAGCAAGAAUUUUGAGUCCACUUUUCUCAUCAUGUGAAAACAGUGUCAUCAAGCUACCUUCAAGAGCGUCUGCCUUUCAAAACAAAAGACGGACAUUUUCAGAUUUUUUUUUACUAACUCCUUACUUGAUUGUAAAAACCGUUGAUCCUAACAAUAAGCUACACAGAAAAUGAUCAAAAACAGUAUUUUAUUGCGAGAUUCUGGCGGCUGCUCUUAUAGUUUGAGUUACGUGAGUCUUUUAUUUUGAAGGUAAUCGGAUGUUGUUUUGUUAGCCUCACUCGUUUGACAACAGAUAUUGCAGAAUCUCAGCCCGUUUUGUGUAGUUUAUUACUUGGCCUGUAUAACAAAGAACGAUAAAUGUAUUUAAUGCCGUAAGUCCGUCUGUUAACAGCUGCAACAUGGCGCUGUUGGCUAACCAUUUGUUGGCUUUGUAAAACUGUUCUGAUGAAGGAGGUAACGACCAUUAUCGUGGUAUAAUCGACUCUUUUACAUCUGAAGGGCCGUCAUGCCGAAAGAGCAGCUUUGUUUCAGAAAAAAUGAUCCCUGUGCACCAUCAAGCAAGAAUGCAAAAGAUAAGAGCAACAGCAGUACCUUACUGGAAAUACGUGACUCGAAGCAUGCAGUUGAUUCUAACAGGAGAGGCUCCAGCUGCAGCUCAGAAAAAGACUCCGGGUAUUCUGACGGUUCCGACUGGCAGCAGACAGAUAAUGAGGACCAGAAGAGUAUCAAAAGUCAGCUGAGAUUUGUAGAACAUGCAGAGGCUCCACAAACUGGUCAAUCUAAAGUACAUGGUGGCAGAAAUACUGGAAAUCCUGCUGUAAUGUCAACCAAACUCAUUGACCAACCCAUCUACAUUAUCAAGCCAGCCACAACCCUGAAAAGAAGUCAGUGGCAUGUAAAUAACAGCAUGAGGAUAAGCAACCAUGUUGUUUCUCAACAUAUGAUCAGCCUGGAUCAGCCAAGCUUUGUGCCAGCAUCAAUUCAGCUUAUCAAGCCUUUCAAGCACCAAAAUUCGAGAGUCACAGGAAAUAAAAUAAACAACAACUACCUUCCUAUUCUUAAGUCUUACCCUCGCAUAGCACCACAUCCUAUCAAGAAACCACUUGACAAGUCUUUAUCAAACCAGGAAUCCCAAUAUUUGAGCAAGAGGAUGUGCACCGAACGCAAGACUGAAGACAAUUCAGUGACUACAGGUCCGUCGGAGGAACAUCAUCACAACCAACCAACAGUUUCAAACUCUGUCCUGUUGAGUACCUUGCCAAGCAGAAACAGUUUGUCCUCCUCCACCAUCACCAUUUCUUCCACAAACCCAGGAUCUCCAUCCAUCUCUAGUCUGCACACUGCGUCUUCUGAUCACUCAGACGGAGGACGUCAAAGGAAAGUCAACUCUAGUCCUCACCACCGGCGAUUCCUCAACACGGUACAACUUCUCAGACAGUCGGGUCUGUUGGACAUUACCUUGCGUACAAAGGAGCUCCUUCGCCAGAGCAAUAGCACUGAGCAGGAGAUUUCCCAGCUGCGUCAACACACAGAGUUACUCUGCCAGGCUGUCAGCAACCCAGCCCACAGCCUUAACGGUGUCACAGCCUGGGAACAUGUGAGUCAGGCCAUGGCAGAGUCUGGCAGCUAUCCCAACCUCAACAUGACACACAAAUCUUGGAAGCCAUUACAUCCGGAUCCAAUUAGUCAACCACAAAGUAUUUCUUUAGGUGACAUAAAAAUACUACAAGCUGCUGAAGGCUCAUGCCUUUCUAACACCAGCUCAGAGCAAUCUCAGGUUGACCAAGAUGAGAAAGUUGAGAUCAGAGACAGAUCUCCAGGCAUUGUGACCAUAAUGUCUCCUGAUAGUUCUACUGGUUAGGAUGAUCUACAGUGCCUUCAAAUUUGAGAUAACUAGCCUGGUUGCUGUGCCUUACCUAAAUACUCACCUUCACUGACAUUUUCUUCUUGCCUUACAACCUUGAAUCAAAAUUAUUUUUUGAGGAAUUUGGAUAAUUUGACAAGCUAGAAAUACUUUUUGUGAAAUAUAUCUAGAUCAGAGAUCUGAAAUAAGUAAAAAAAAAAAAAGUUUUUUCUAAGGUAAAAAGCAUUGACUCUCCUCAAAAUAAUUCCUUCUUGGGCGCUGUAAUGAAAGCACAUUUACUGCAGUCAAUCUCUGGAAUUGGAUAAGAUUAAUUGUGGGUGGAAAAGGAAAAAAGGUGACUGAAGUCCUGGAGAACUGUUGCUCCUGACCACUGAAUGAAUUACAAUGUGCUUUUGGACUUGUGCCCAGUACUUCCUGUCCUUUAUCACCUGAACUCACUGUAAUGUAGUCUCUGUGAAGCAUCGCUUUUAAAAUUAUUGAAUGGCUUAACAUGUUGCGUUUACUUGACUUUUGGAAACUGAUUCAAAAAUAAUCCAUUUAAACUUCAAUUUAAAACUUAUGAAACUCAACUCAUGAAAAAGAGGAAUAAAGUAAAUGGAUUCAGAACAAGUGGGACAGCGGUCCCAUUUGGGUGCCUGUUUAAAAAUAGCUGUGUCAAAACUAGGUGAUUCUGAAAACCUGCUUGGAUUUCUGUGGUAUUUUAAAAAAAGGCUUUGAUUUCUUUACUGUGUCAAUUUCAAGCCACAAAUAUACUGUCAAUAGAUUAGCAGAACUGUCCAUCACUAAAAUACACACUAAACAAUUUAAAAUCAACCUUUAUAAGCAACAUUAGACCAUGUUAGUCUUUAAAAUGAAUCACAGCUACAUCUAAUGUUGUUACAGAUGAAGACGGUGGGCAGUCUGUCAACCAGCCUCAGCUGGUUGUUAAACUACUUCACUGUUUGUUUCUUUGCUCCAAGAUACCAAGAAGUAUCUUGUCACUCAGUCUCUUAUCUAGUCUAUAGCAAAGCGCCUUGUCAGGUAUUUUUGUGUGUGUGUGCGUGUGUGUGUGUGUGUGUGUUGAUAGUCUGAGCUUGGUUUGCUGUGUGUCAUUUUGUAUUGUAGGCUUUUUUAAUAACUCCACAAUGCGCUUCAAAUGAUAUGUGAUUAUUUUGCUUAACCCCUUUUUAAGACAUGCACAGAAUAAAUGAGCAGCAGCAAAAUUAUUUGAUGAACCAUAAUCUUAUGUAGCUGCUGUCAUCUCUGCUGAUUGUUUUUUGUGAUUUUUCAUAGGGUUUUUGGACUUUUACUUUACUAAUAUAUAAAACGUUUCAGUGUAAGUUUGAAAGUUUGACUGUGUUUAUUGGGAGUUAGUUUUACAAGGACAAGAGGUUAGAAGCAAUGGAUGGAUAACCAUUAAAACUCUCAUUCUCAUAUUUCCAUUGAGUACUAAAGAGUAUUGGAAUUUAGUUAGAGCUGAAAAUAAAUAAAAAGCAAUCUUAUUGAUUGGAUGUAACAUGAAUUAUAUUUAUGUUACGUAUCUAUUGUCCCCUUUUCUAAAAUGAUAAUAAUAAUAUCCAGUGUAUCAUAAACUGAUACAAAAAGCUUUUACCUAAAUAAUGAUCAGUAAUCAUCUGGGAGUAAAAGUGUUAUUUUGAGGAUACAACAGGCAGGCCUGACGGUCAAAGUUUUCACAUUUCAAGUGGUUCUUGGAGGAUUUUUCAGAAUUGUAAGCUAUUUAAAUAAAGCAGUUUGU